GAGUAAAGCAAAUAAUCUAGUGAAUAGAGUUAAGCAACGAAUCUAGUGAAUAGAUUUAAGCAACGAAUCUAGUGAAUAGAGUUAAGCAACGAAUGGAUGUUUUAGCCAGUAUAAUGAUGGUGUUAAGGUGCCCUGUGGAAGAUGGCGGUUCAGUCCACACGUCUGGUCUCUGCCUUCAUCUCGUUACGUAGUGACGUAGUGACGUGCAGUGUUUUGGCUGAGGAGAAGUUGCAGCUCAGUCCACUAUCAGUUGAACCAACUCGUUUUACUUGGAAUUCUCCCUUGGAAAAGUUUACAGAAUUGAGCAAAGAAUACACACACGCCUUUCUUUUUGCUGAGGUGUUGUUUUAUCUAGCUUGUUCUUUCAGCAGAGGAUGAGUCGUGCUGGAGUAUGAAGCUCUUUGGGCGGAUGGUUUAGCGCUAUAACGCUCAGCUCCAUUUACACCCAAGGAGUGUGUGUCUCUGCUCUUACUGGUGUGUAUAUAACUAAUGUGGGGGUGAUUUUUAUUCGUGUGAUGACCACGUAGUAACUGUUAAAGAUUUACCUUUUAUUUGAAUAGUAGCCAUGUUUAAAUUAGACACUAAUGUGGUACUUGUAGAUGGCUAAUAACAGGCUAGCUAGUAGCGGCAUGUAGGCUGUCAGGCAGGCAGGUUUAGCUAACCGGCUAACCAGUUGUCUAGUAGAGACGCGACCUGCUGUGUGACUAACUGUUAGCCGAGCUGCUUCCAGUCAGCACUGUUGACUGUUUGUAACUAGUAAAUGUCUGCUAAUUGUGACAUUUGCGCCAUGGUGAAGCCUCAGGCCUUGAAAAUAAAAAUAAAAAACAACUGUGAUAUUAACGUCAUGAGCUUAAUAUAAAACGGUAUACUAUUAAAUGGCUAAUUAAGUAUUCAGAGUAGCCAGCUUACUAGCUAAGUCAGGACACGACUUAGUUAACAGUAAGUCUAGAAAGACGGCUAUUCCAGUAUAAUAAAUAAUAUAUAUUUGAAGUAUUUUGUCCGUACUUGUGCAUCACUGACUGUCAGGAAUUAUUAUACUGUCACUAGUGUAUGUUUCUGUGAUGCACUGCUUUACUAUUUUAUUUACACCUUUAGGACCAGAAUGAUGAGGGCCCCUCAAGGAUGAAUAAAUAAAUAAAAUUUCAAACAAAGCCCCUUAUAUCAUUCUUUAAUUUGUAACUAAAUCCUUUCAGACACUGUAAAUAUAAUGUUGUUGGGUUUUUUUAGCUUUCACUUCUAAAGGUUCUGUCUGUUUUUAGCUCAUUUCCAGGACUUACUUAUAUUGCUUUACAGAAAUCUGUCUCUCUACAGCUCCAGGGUUACCGGUUUGAUACUGAACCCGGGUUAAUGUGUGCGUGGAGUCUCUGUCCGUGUCCGUGUGGGUUUCCUCCCACCUCCCGAAACGUUGCAGUAGGUGAAUUGGCUGUGAUAAAUUGUCCCUAGGUGUGAAUGAGUGUGUGGAUAUGUGUCUGUGUUGCCCUGUAAUAAACUGGUGACACUUCCAAGGUGCAUUCCUGCCUCACACCCAGUGUUCAGGAUCUGACUGGAUCAAUAUCGGAUUGAAUUCGACAUGUUUUCCAUGCCACAGAUUGAUUUUAUGGCAUUAAUAUGAAUUAACCAACAUAUAUCUCGUACAUAUGUGGGGAAAUAACUUGUCUUAAAGCUUGCUUGAGCACGCCUCUAAUACUUGUAUUUCUGAUAUCGGUACCAUAUUGGAAGUGGAAUUGUGGCAUCUUACACUGAUCUGUAUUCACAAAGCAUGUUAUUAUAGCAUGUUGAACUCUACUACUUUUUUUUCCUAAAUAAUAUUUGUACAGAUAAAUCAGCCUUUUUCACUGACAUAUUUUUUUUAUUUUAUGGACACAGCCCCACAUCAUACUUCCAUCAUCCUGCACUGCCUGUGGAAGUGUCGCUCCCCUCCGUCGCCUGUUGUCAUGGCGCCCAAGGACAUCAUGACCAAUUCCCAUGCCAAGUCCAUCCUGAAUGCCAUGAACGCCUUGAGGAAGAGCAACACUCUGUGUGACAUCACCCUGAGAGUGGAGAACACAGAUUUUCCUGCCCACCGUAUCGUACUGGCUGCCUGUAGUGAUUACUUCUGUGCCAUGUUCACCAGUGAGCUGGCAGAGAAAGGGAAGUCCUUUGUGGAUAUUCAGGGUCUCACAGCCUCCACCAUGGAGAUUCUGUUGGACUUUGUUUACACCGAGACGGUGUUGGUUACUGUAGAGAAUGUGCAGGAGCUGCUUCCUGCUGCCUGCCUGCUCCAGCUUAAAGGUGUGAAGAGGGCUUGCUGUGAUUUUCUCAACAGUCAGCUAGACCCAACCAACUGUCUGGGUAUCCGAGACUUUGCAGACACACACAACUGCGUAGACCUGAUGCAGGCAGCAGAGCUUUUCUCACAGAAGCACUUUUCCGAGGUGGUGCAACAUGAAGAGUUCAUGCUCCUCAGUCAGAGUGAAGUGGAAAAGCUCAUCAAAUGUGAUGAGAUUCAGGUGGACUCUGAGGAGCCAGUGUUUGAGGCGGUGUUAAAUUGGGUAAAACACAACAGGAAGGAACGAGAGCCAUACCUGGCAGACAUGCUGGAAUACGUGCGCAUGCCUCUGCUCACGCCGCGCUACAUCACUGACGUCAUCGACUCCGAGCCUCUUAUUCGUUGUAGCUUAGCCUGCAGAGACCUUGUGGAUGAAGCCAAGAAGUUUCACCUGAGGCCUGAGUUACGCAGUGAGAUGCAGGGGCCUCGAACGCAACCCAGAUUAGGUGCCAAAGAAGUGCUGUUGGUGAUCGGUGGGUUCGGCAGUCAGCAGUCACCCAUUGAUGUUGUCGAGAAAUAUGAUCCCAAAACCCAGGAGUGGAGUUUUCUACCUAACAUUGCACGAAAACGCCGCUAUGUUGCCACUGUUGCCCUCAAUGACCGCGUGUAUGUGAUCGGAGGCUAUGAUGGUCGGUCACGUCUCAGUUCAGUCGAGUGUUUGGACUACACAGCAGACGAGGAUGGAGUUUGGUACACCGUCGCCACAAUGAAUGUUCGACGAGGCCUGGCUGGAGCGACUACACUAGGAGAUAUGAUUUACGUGGCUGGGGGUUUUGACGGCAGUCGGCGGCACACCAGCAUGGAGAGAUACGACCCGAACAUUGAUCAGUGGAGCAUGCUGGGGGAUAUGCAGACAGCCAGAGAAGGAGCUGGGCUUGUAGUGGCCAGUGGACUUAUCUAUUGCUUGGGUGGUUAUGAUGGUUUGAACAUCCUUAAUUCAGUGGAACGCUAUGACCCACACACUGGUCACUGGACCAGCGUCACUCCCAUGGCCAACAAACGUUCAGGUGCAGGAGUGGCUCUGCUAAAUGACCACAUUUACGUGGUUGGAGGGUUUGAUGGCACAGCUCACCUGUCCUCUGUAGAAGUGUACAAUAUCCGGACAGACUAUUGGACUACUGUGGCACCCAUGACCACUCCACGCUGCUAUGUUGGAGCCACCGUGCUUAGGGGACGACUGUACGCCAUUGCAGGAUAUGAUGGCAACUCCCUGCUCAGCAGUAUCGAGUGCUACGACCCUGUACUGGACAGCUGGGAGGUAGUGACCUCCAUGGCUACACAACGCUGUGAUGCAGGCGUUUGUGUGCUCAGAGAGAAAUGAAAAGAUGGCUGCCAGAACCUAAACGGGCAAAGACUCUCCUGAAUCGGGUUUUUGGAGUAUUGCUUGCCAGCUAAUGCCUGUGACUGGUCUACAAUGUUGCCAUGACUAUGUGCCACAUGUGACUGUGUAUUAGCAUGGAAGAGGAAGCAACCUGGAAACAGAUCACAUGAACACCCCUUUCAUUAUUAUACUGUAAUAUUAAAUUCGGACCUUAGUCGUGUUACCAUGUAUGUGAGGGGCACGAUGUGUUGUCUGCCCUCAACCAUCCAUUACCCUGGGGUUCUGUGCUGUCUGAGGUUAUAUGUGAGGUUCAUGUGGAUGAAGUCUACAAAGUGCAAUAUUUUAAACUACUGAUGUGUUAAAGACUGAAAAUGCAGAAGUACACUAUAACGUGUGCUUCAUAUUUCAACACAUCACAACACAGGCCUUUGCUAUGAAGGAAUACAAGGUAUGAUUGAAAAUAUGGACAUGUUAGGAUUGUAAAGGAAGACAUCACUUCUUCUGACUGGAAAUGAACAAUGUACAAGAUUUCCAUGUUGGCACCAACAUGUCUUCUUCACUGUCCUUUCCUGCUUUCUUGGUGUCCCAGCCUGUACUAAGAGAAGAAAGAACCCUACUCAAUGCCUCACGUUUAAAGGUACAGUAAGUAGAAAUAAAUAAAUGUGAAGAAAAUAUUAUUAACACAGCUAGAAGUGUGGAAUAUGUUUUUGUUUUGUUUUUAAAUCAAGGAUGUUUCAAGCCUUUUCCACAGUUAUGUAACUGUAGGGGGGGAAAGUCACUUGAUGUAGCUUUAAAUCAUUGGAAUUGCCAUAAGGUGAACAUCACUAUUAUGUAUGUACUCGAUUUUAAACGUGAAUCUGAAUGAAUGUAUGGAUUUACUUAAAUGUUUGUUAAACACAGAUCUUGAGUAUCUGUGAAUUAUUUGUAUUAUGAAACUAUAUGCUCAUUUUUGAGUGACCAAUGACAUUUGCUGUUGUGUAAUGUUUUGCAAAAUGUAUGGUGCCAGGACUGACAUAAUUGUAAGUUGAAUAGUUUACCACCAAGUGUAAUAAAAUGUCUGUACUUUGGUCUCAUUAAAGUCCCUAUGGAAUUGCUUGAGAGCUAUGAUUAGGUUGCAUAUGUUGAUGUAUUUCUUAUUGAAACAGGAAGUGAGAAUGACUGUGUGUUAAAGCCCUUGAUUAGGUUAUUUAAUAUAACAUUUAAUAUUUAACAUUAUUUAAUGUUUGAGCUGCACCACAUCCCUGCUGAAUCUAAACAAACUUGACAAUAGCUCAGCAAACUAGCUAAAAGUUGUGGAGGAUACAUUUUAAUUGUAUAUACACAAGAUUAGUACAGGACGAAUAAUCAAAAAAUGUUCAUUGUUUUUACACAAGUGACUGACUAACUACAACAUUUCUAAGAGAAUAUUUCCAAAACUAUACCAUUCCAGAUGUAGUCCCCACUUUGCUUUAAUAAUAACCUCCACUCUUCUGGGAAAAUAGUCCACUAGAUUUUGGAACGUGGCCUUGGGGAUUUGUGUUCAUUCAGACACAAGAGCUUUAGUGAGGUCAGGCACUGAUGUUGGGCGAGGAGGCCUGGGGUGCAGUAGUCCCUUUUCACAAUGACGUCAGAAAACUUCUGCCUUUCUGCAAAGCAGUGUAUACAUACUUCCGUUUUACCAUACGCAUUCUGGAUACUUCAGGAAAAUGCAGGAACGUGCUAACUAACAACACAAAACACGAAAUUAACUUUUAUGUAUUUACCGGUUCUUAUAUUUUAAUUCUUUUGAUAACGUUAAUCAAUAAAAUAAAAAUAAAUAAAGCUGAAGAUGACGAGC